AUGGAACAUCUAUCGCCCUCUUCCAGCAAAAACAACAAUAAUGAUGUCGAUAACAAGAGUAGUAUUCUAAUUGAGAUAAAACAAUUAAAAUCUCGAUAUUAUGAAUCGGAGUUAGAAAGGGAAGGGUUAAAUUCUUUAACGGAAUCUUUAAAAUCAAAGAUUCGUGCACUACAGCAACAGAUUUUUGCCCAAGAAAGUACGAUAAAAUCUGCCCAAGAUUUAAAAUCACAAAAGGAAAUAUUAUUAGAGCAGAUAGAAAGGUAUAAGCAAAAGAUUACCGAUUCAGAAUCAUAUUUAAACACCAUUAAAAAAGAAAUCGUUUCACUAAAAGAAAAUAAUAAUGGAUAUAUAAGAAAAUACAAUGAAUUGCAACAACAAAAUGUUCAAACACAACAAAAGAAUAAUUUAUUAGAAGUGGAUAAGCAACAAUUAUCUAAAAAAUUGAAAGAAAUUGAAGAAGAUAAUAAUUUAUUAAAUAAGGAAUUGAAACAAUGUAAUGAACAAUUCAAUCUAAUUGAAAAAAAUAGACAAGAAAUAAAAGAUUCUUUUGAAAAAUUGGAUUUAGAUCAUCGUAGAUUACAAUGUAAAAAUUCGGAAUUUGAAUUAGAAAUUGAAGCUUUACAAAAUAAUGGAGUGCAUCCGGCAUAUUGUAACGUAUGCAACAAGUAUAUAGUGGGAAUUCGAUAUAAGUGUGGACACUGUGAUAAUUAUGAUAUAUGUUCAAAUUGCGAAACAUCAAACCAUAAUCGCGAUCAUGUAUUUAUUAAGAUUAAAAGUCCAAUUGGAAAUGAUAGAUUUGCCAGAACUGCCUUAUUACCCGAAUUUAAAUUAAUCGAACAAAAUGAACAAGAUAUCGAUCAUAAAACCGUUUGUAACGUUUGUCACAAAAAUAUCAAAGGAGUUAGGUAUAAGUGUGGACAUUGUCUUAAAUUUGAAAUGUGCGUAAUUUGUGAGGCAUAUCCAUUCAAUUUGCAUGAUCCCACUCAUGUAUUUAUAAAAAUUAAAAGGCCUGUACAAAUUGAUUCUAAUGAAGCUCUAUUACCUUUGGAAUUUCGUCCUAUUAUUACUAAAGCUGCUGGAGUGUAG